ACGGCCAGGCCUCGAACAGUCCGAGUCUGUUUGGCGCUCAGAACGUAGAUGGCGAUUUAGUCUCGGAUGGACGCUACGCCGCCAAGCAUCGUCAGGCCUCGCUGCUCUCUCGCUCCGGCAAUCGGAAUCGAAAUCAGUAUCUUAUUAUUAUAACUGAUCGCGAACUUCUUCGGCAUCGGAUCGGCGACGAAAUGAGCGCGAAGUGAUAGCUGCAAGAGCCGUCGGCUAAAUCGAAUUCAAUUGUGGCAUGUGAUUUCUAUACUGGAAAUGAUCAGUUGAUAAUCAAGCAUAAAUCCUUAAGUGUGUGAAGUUAAGCAGAUAUUAACAAAACAAGUACAAACAAGCCAAAAAUAAAACAGUGAAUUUUUAAAGAUACAAUAAUUUAUGUAGUUUGGAAAAUAAAAAGUUAUUAGGAAAGAUGAACCAGCUGUGCAAAGUGUGUGGCGAGCCGGCGGCGGGUUUUCAUUUCGGGGCAUUCACAUGCGAGGGCUGCAAGUCAUUCUUCGGCCGCACUUACAACAACAUUGCCGCAAUCGCAGGCUGCAAGCACAACGGCGACUGUGUUAUUAACAAGAAGAACCGGACGGCCUGCAAGGCGUGCCGUUUGCGCAAAUGCCUCCUAGUAGGGAUGUCCAAGAGCGGAUCCCGCUACGGUCGCCGCUCCAACUGGUUCAAAAUCCACUGCCUGCUGCAGGAGCAGCAGACCACGUCAGGCACUGGAGGAGGGAACGGACCAGGCGGUGGACCUGGCGGAGUGAGUACUGCGAGUCUGGAGCAACUGGCACGCCUGCAGCAGGCGAGCAACCAGGCCAGGCAAACCUACCAAGACAAAACUAAUCCCUGCAUCAAGUCAGCCACUGCCACUUCUCCGCGGAUGGAGGGAUCGGCGGGCGGCGCAGGAGUAGGUGGACCAUCUUCGCCGUCUUUUCUGCAGGCGGCGAAGUUUCAUCACCAUCAUCAACGCCAAUUGAAACUGGAAUCCCGCCUUAGUAAUACACCCAGCGAUUCGGGGGCCUCGUCGGCAGGCGAUCCCAACGAGGAUGGAGCCACCAGCGUGCUAAGUGGUCACACCAACACUACCACCGCAACACCCACCACCGCCGCCGCAAACCUCCCCCGGCUGGAUCUGAGGAACACCACAUUUCCGGCGAGCUCGGAACCAGAUGGAGAUCUACAGCGCCAGCGCCACCAGGAGCUGCUGGAGAUCUUCCGAAGCCACUCAGAGCCGCUGUACAGCUCCUUCGCCCCGUUCAGCCACCUGCCACCCGUACUCCUGGCCGCCGGCGUACCUCCGCUGCCCAUUUUCAAGGACCAGUUCAAGGCGGAACUUCUGUAUCCGGCUACCAGCAGUCCAGAGCUGGACGAACCCAUCGAUCUGUCACUAAGAUCGCGCACAGACACCACCAGCCCGCUGGCCGGCGGCUCUAACAGUCCCAGCCUAAGUGAACCGGCUGCGGGGAGUCACUGCUUGGGGGAAUCCCCGACCUUCGUGCGCAAGACCACGCCCCUCGAUCUCACUCUGGUGAGAUCUCAAACCCUGACGGGGUAAGGUUCCGUGGACGUCUUAUGAUUGCCAGAGAAUUCGUUCGAGUGCCAAAACAAUUUCACGUACUUUAGGUUUAGGUAUGUAGAAGCUAUUUUGAUACUUGGGUAGGCCGUGGAGUUUUGAAUCCAUCCAUACUUACCAUCCAUACUUAAUCUGACAAAAUGCAACGUCAUAUAAUCUUUUAUACCUUUUCCAUAUUCCUUUUCUAAAAUUCAAAUCAUUAGGUCUCUAAAACUUAUCGAACUACCCAAAAAUAAAUAGUUUGGAAGAAAAAUAUAAAAAUUGAACAAUUUUGGUGCCAGUGAAAUUAUGUACAAAUAUCCCUAUGAUUAUGGCUUAUAUUAGCUCAAUUUAAGUUAAUAAGUUCUAAAUAAAACGAUAAUAAGGCAUGUAAACAGUACAUUAUAAUAUUUAGCCAAAUUUACAAAUGACUGUCAAUUGAUAUAGGGUCGAAAAUCAUUUAUAUUUAUAUUGUUUUCUUAAUUUAUUUGUAAAAUCUGUAAUUAGCCAUUUAAGAUUCUUAAUUUAAAGUGUUGUUUUUGUAUUGGCUUUUUGUUUGUUUUAUUAAUUUUAAAUAAUUUAUUUCCCUAACCAUUUAAGAAGAGGAUAAAAUGUAAAAGAUGAAAUAAAAUAAAAGCAAAAAGAAAG